UCUGGUGAUGAAUCCGAAUGAGCUGCUGAAGAUGCCAGAGUGUGUGCCUGCACAGGCAUUUUCUUUCCCCUCCCCCACUGCUUCCCUUUCCCAAGCCCCCUCUCUCCCCAGUUCCCCUCCUACUCCUUUAUCCCCUCCCUCCGCGUCUCAGUUCUGCAGUAAACCAGGCUGAGGCACAUUCCUGCUUUGCAAGGCUUUCUGUUAAGGAUGUUUUGUGGCUUUUGUUUGGAUUGCAGCAUGCAGAAUUACAGCUGUUCAGAGGAGACUCAUUACAACUCCUGCUGAAGCUCCUAAUUUUCUUCCCUUCUCUUCUGCCCCUACUCCCUACCCUCAUUGGCCUGAAGACAUUGUACCCAGAAUUUGCUUUACUCCCCUGGCACUAUGUGUAUGGUAAACCUGAUACUAUGGCCGCGUCUGGGACUGGCCAGACGACGGCUGCUGGCUCUCCCUAUUCCAAGGAUUUAAAGGGGGAUUGUACUGCAGGCAAUGCAUCAGAGCAGCACCAUCGUGAGCCUGGGGACUGAGGCUCCUUGGGCAUUAUUACAAACACACAGAGCUGACCGCAAUGACAGCAGCUGCUCCUUUGAACUGUUGGCAGCGGCCAAGCGGCAGCAUGAAGUGAGAGAUUACUCCUGAGCUCAAGAUGAACUCCACCUUGGAUGGUAAUCAGAGCAACCACCCUUUUUGUCUCUUGGCAUUUGGCUAUUUGGAAACUGUCGAUUUUUGCCUUUUGGAAGUGUUGAUUAUUGUGUUUCUAACUGUAUUGAUUAUUUCUGGCAACAUCAUUGUGAUUUUUGUAUUUCACUGUGCUCCUUUGUUGAACCACCACACUACAAGUUAUUUUAUCCAGACUAUGGCAUAUGCUGACCUGUUGGUUGGAGUGAGCUGCCUGGUUCCUUCUUUAUCACUCCUCCACUACCCGCUUCCAGUAGAGGAGUCCUUGACUUGCCAGGUGUUUGGUUUUAUAGUAUCAGUUCUGAAGAGUGUCUCCAUGACCUCUCUGGCCUGUAUCAGCAUCGAUAGAUAUAUUGCCAUCACUAAACCUUUAACCUAUAACACCCUGGUUACACCCUGGAGACUACGCCUGUGUAUUUUCCUGAUUUGGUUAUAUUCCAUCCUGGUCUUUCUGCCUUCCUUUUUCCACUGGGGCAAACCUGGAUAUCAUGGAGAUGUGUUUCAGUGGUGUGCAGAGUCCUGGCGCACCGACCCCUACUUCACCCUGUUCAUCGUGAUGAUGUUAUAUGCCCCAGCAGCCCUCAUUGUGUGCUUCACUUAUUUCAACAUUUUCCGCAUCUGCCAACAGCACACAAAGGAAAUCAGCGAAAGGCAAGCUCGCUUCAGCAGCCAGAGUGGGGAGACUGGGGAGAUGCAGGCCUGUCCGGACAAGCGCUAUGCCAUGGUUCUGUUCCGGAUUACUAGUGUGUUUUACAUCCUCUGGUUGCCAUACAUCGUCUACUUCUUGUUGGAGAGCUCCACUGGCCACAGCAACCGCUUCGCAUCCUUCUUGACCACCUGGCUUGCCAUUAGUAACAGUUUCUGCAACUGUGUCAUUUAUAGUCUCUCCAACAGUGUCUUCCAAAGGGGACUAAAGCGCCUCUCCGGGGCCAUGUGUACUUCUUGUGCAAGUCAGGUCAUAGCUAAGGACCCUUACACAGUUAGGAGCAAAGGCCCUCUUAAUGGAUGCCAUGUCUAAAGAGGUUCAGAUAUUGGGUCAUUGUAUGUGUGUGUGGGGAGGGGGCAAAGGGGGGUCCCUUUUUCUAUCUUUGUAUCCCUUGUUCACUAGAAAAUCUGGGACAAAAUAAUUUGACUCUGAGCAAUGGGAAACAAUCCAUCCAAAAAAACCUAAGUUUGCAGAAAUGAUUUUUCUUUAAAAGUGCUUUUAAAUCAGAAGAAUCAGGACCAUGAAGAUAAAUUGCUCUUGGUUCCAAUUUUUGUAAUGCCAUGGAAAUGACUGAAAUUCUCAGAUUUAAAAUGAAUAAAGUCAUAUCUCACA